AUGGCGAUUCAGCGUCUCCUCCUCCUCUCGACCCUUCUCCUCCUUGCUUUGUUCACCAUCUCUGCAAAUGCAAGACCUUGCAAAACAAUCCUUUUCAUAUCCUCCUCCUCUUCAUCCUCUUUCUCCUCAAAUCAAAACCCUAAUCUCCUCUUCUCCAAUCCCCGUUUCAUCACUUUCUCGUACACCACUUCGCUCCGUCAGCCCAUCACCUUCUCCGCCGAGGGCGCCUCCCUCAACCGCCCCUUUCUGAUCUCCACUCCCCAAAAGUCAACUCACAACCCGGUCAAUUUUGACUCCUCUGUCGGCAAUUCCAUUCGCGAUCGCACGCUCGAUAUCUUGAGUAUUGUUAGUGCUCUGCUUUUUGGCGUUGGUUGUGGCGCUCUCACUGCCGCCUUUAUGUAUUUGGUUUGGUAUAUUUGCUCGCCCAGGACUUUCGAUUUCGGUGCUAAUGAAUCGGAUGAGGAGGAUGACGAUGAUGAUGAGGUCACGGCUGCCAAGAGGAAAUUGGGCUAUGUUGCGGUUGCGGUGGAUGCUCCUGCUCCUGUUAAACAAGUUGAGUAG